CGGCCUGUCAGGUGACACACCCGGCCCUCGGUCAGCGGGUCGGUCGUCUCGGGCAGGCGGCGGUUCGUCGGGGCGGGCUGCGCGGUUGCUGCUGCUGCGGGGGGGCGCGAUGGUGUCGCUUCUGUGCUGCGGGCCGAAGAUGGCCGCCUGCGGGAUCGUGCUCAGCGCCUGGGGGGUCAUCAUGCUGGUCCUGCUGGGCAUUUUCUUCAACGUCCACUCGGCUGUGCUCAUCGAGGACGUCCCGGCCACAGAGAAGGACUUCCAGGGCGAAGGGCCGGAGAAGAUCUACCAGCUCUACAACCAAGUCAGCUACAACUGCUUCAUCGCCGCCGGCCUCUACGUCCUCCUGGGGGGCUUCUCCUUCUGCCAAGUGCGACUCAACAAGCGGAAGGAGUACAUGGUCCGCUAAGGCCCCUCCCGCCCACCGCCCCCAGUUCCCCGCUGGAGGGGUCAUGGCUGUUGUCGCCUCUCCUUCCAGUCCACAUCUUGUGUUUGUUCGAUCUGUGGGACCCUGUUUGACUCCCUUCCUCUACAGCCUCCCAAACUGUAUUUUUGUCUGAUGCACCCGUGAGCGUGGGUGGGGGGCUCUGCCCCUCUUCUUGGAAUGCACUGGGCACUGGGUCUCUCAAUGUGACCUACGCUUGAAUUACUCCAUCCCCCCCCCCCAUGACUUGGAUCCCCUUUCUGGGGUGCCCCUCUCCAGUGUUAGGAAGGGGGAGUGAAGCUACUUGUUGGUGGUGAGUGGGGAAGGCUCCCUUUCAGUCACCUCCCCCACCCCUUCAAAGCAAGUACUGUGUGGCAGCUACCGCCUGCACCAGCAUUUGCCAACCCACCCCCGCCUGCCCAAGGUCACUCCUUUGUCCCUCCAGAGAUGCCCAGGCGAGGCAGCCCAGCUUUCAACUGGUCCUGGUCGGCAGAGCCCGGCUUCAGUGUUGUAUCAACAGAGAAGACUCCACCUCUGCCUUCCCCGUCUCUGAGAACCAGGAAGGGGGGUUAUGCUGGGUGGUGGAGCACACUCAUUGGCUCCCACAGAAACCCAGUGGCUGGCGCACUCUGGUUCCAGUCUGUGUGGUGUGUGUUGUGUGUCUGGCUUAGUUUGAUGUCCCUCCGCAUUUCUUGUUCAAGCUGUACUCCUGGGGGUGAAGUGAUCACGUGAGCCUGCUGGUUUGUAGGGCUGGGCUCCUCCUAAGCACGCUGGCGUCUUCUCUGGUUCCUGCUAUCCCCCCUCCCCCAUGCUGGCAACUCAUGGAGCGUUUGGGAGCAGCACAUGAGCCCCUUCAGGUGUGUGUGUGUGUGGGGGGGUCUCUUGGAGGUUUUUGGCUUGGGAAAGGCACCCCUGCCCCUUGUCCAUUAUGAAGCCUGUCUGCCACUGCUCUCGGCAGGGUCACCCUCUUUCCUCAGACUGCCCCAUUGUGCCCCUCUGAGAGGCCCUGGCUGCUUUGGGCUGGGGUGAUGCCUGGGAUUUGGGGGAUGUGGGGGCACACUGGAGUUGUCUCCAUCUUUUUAGUCACUUCUGCAAUAAAUGGUGUUGGACCCCA